ACGGACAACUUCUCAACAAGAUCAGAUUUCAAAGAUGAUCAGGCCGAGAAAAACUUGCGUGUGCUUUCUUUUAAUUCAAUAUGUCUUCUGCUGGGAUGUGAGUUCCCUUCAAACUGAAAUCCAGGCCUUGUUUAGCGCCCCAAAAAUGGAAGAAAGGCCUAAACGGGAGGUGAGCUCUGACCUUGAUCCCGAUUUUCAUGAGCCGCCUAUCUCAUCCAAAAACAUCUACAAAAGCUACGUGGCUCAUCGAAAAGGCUUCAUGUGCCAUGAUCCCCAAGACGGCACAGAGAGGCUCUUUGAGAUAUUUAUGAAUGGACUUCCCCAUGCCGACCCAUUCUGCCCCCAGCUAAGAGUUGUGAUUGUAGGAGGGGGCGUGGCUGGUUUGACCGCUGCUAAGCUGCUCAAAGACGCCGGUCACCACGUGCUUAUCUUGGAGGCCAAUAAUCAAAUUGGAGGUCGGGUUCAAACGUACAGGGAUUUGUCGGAAGGCUGGCAUGUGGAACUCGGUGCCAUGAGGAUUCCCAAUCACGCAACCUUUCUUUUGGAAUUUAUCAAGCAGAAACGAAUUCAAGUGGCGCCUUUCAGAGCCAUAGAUGCUGACGAGGACAUUUAUGUCCAUAAUCGCAGUGGGCGCGACCAGGAAUUGGAAUCUAUUGAGAGUGAAAAGGAAAGAUAUGAGAAAUUAUUCGACCAUGCUAUGUCAGCCCCCAAGGAAGCAUUCCGUACCCUUCCAUGGCCCACGUUCCUUAAAAUCUACGACCAAUAUUCAUUGAAGCAAUGGCUUCAACGAAACGAGAAUCUUACCCAUGAGGAUAUCCAGAAGAUGGCCGUUCAUUUCAACUUUGAAGGAUAUGUUCAUCUGGGUCUAACUGAAACGGUGGUUGACGAAUGUGCUUUUACGGAUCCGGAGUUCCACACCAUUCCAAAUGGAAUGGAUGAGAUCCCACGGGCAAUGGCCGAAGAUAUGGGUGGUCACAUCAGGCUGAAUGCUAAAGUCAUAGGAAUUUCCCAAGAAGGGGACCAUGUCACGGUGAAAGUAGAUUGCCAGGGCACCAAUUGCCAAGAGAGGGAGCUGUAUUUCGCGGACGCCGUGAUUCUGACCACCAGUCCGACCGUUACAACCACGAUCCAGUUCAAACCACCAUUGCCUCGGCAGAAGGCCGCAGCCUUGCGGAGGACCAACUCUCAAUUAUCCACCAAGGUGGUGCUCGUGUUCCAUUCCCCAUUUUGGGAACGCCAAGGUGGUCCAAAAGGAAGAAAAACGUACACGGACCUCCUCCCAAGGGUCAUGUACUAUCCGACUCAUGACACGAGAUCAGGGGUGGGUGUCUUAUUAGCUUCUUACACCUGGGGCACAGAUUCACUGAAGCUAAUUGGGAUGAGUGACGAUGACGUCAUUGAAAAGUGUUUGGAAGCCUUGGCUCAGAUCCACCACCAAGACUUGACUUUCAUCAAAGAGCAAUUCCUUCGAGGAGUGGUUAAACAUUGGUCCCUGGACCCGUUCACUUUGGGUGCAUUCGCUCAAUUUGCACCAUUUGAGUAUUCAGAGGUCAACCAUUACCUUCGAAGACCCGUGGGCACCAUCUUUUUCGCAGGAGAAUACACGGAGAGUCCCCAUGCCUGGAUUGAUACCGCUAUGAAGUCAGGAGUUAGAGCUUGCGCUCAGAUGAUCUUUGGACCUAAUUGGAAAUCACAAACGAAUUGCUUGAAUAAGUAAUAAAAGACACAAACUCGCCGUGGCAA